AUGAAAAGUUUAGUUGCAAUUAUUUUCACUGGCCUCCUCAUCGUAUCUUCUGUUCAUUGUCGUGUGACAACUAUUAGUACUCCAGGUUAUGGAAUAAAGCACGAGGAUCGUCGAUGCCUCCAAGGACCAGAAGGAACAAAAUUAUGUAGUUCUGGAUCAGUACGCGACUGCCUUAAGUUUUGUAUAAUUCGUGGUUAUACUAGUGCCACGUGUAUUACUCCUGAUGAAUGUUGUUGUCACAUUCCUCCAAACUAAAAUAAUUUAUUGGUUACAUAACGUACAUCUAUCACGAAAUAAAUAAACUUUCGAAAUUACUUUGA